AUGAAAAAAUCUCAGAAUAAAACUUGGGGUGUUAUCAACCAUAAGACUAAUUCUGACUACUGGCUCAAUACCACUCUGGGUAGAGACUUGCUCAACAAAACAUCCGAUUCCAAAUCAAGCGAGAAAGGAAUGAGAGUCGACCCAAAGGAAGCAGUCAAGACCUUUAAGAAUAAGAUAAACUUCUGCCUUCAGAAACGAACAUUUGACGCAAGACAUAUGGACAAGAUCUUGAGGACGAAAUAUUGUGUGACAAACACAGAUAUUCCUUAUGGAAGUAUCAGUACUAAAUAACCCCCAUAAAUUAUACCCAAGAGAUGAUAUUAAGAAGUUCAAGUUCAAAGAUGUGGGCAAAAUUCACCUUGAUGAAGCUGAUAGACCAUCUGCUUCUUUCCUGACCCCUACAAGGAACAGGAACAAGAUUGCUAGGUAUGUGGAUGAAGCUGAUUCACCUUCGAUACUUAUGCCUGAUAACCCAGUGACACUUAAUUUGAACUUCGAGAAACAAGGGAUCAUCACUAAGUUACGGAAAUGAAAAAACCAAUCAGUUGAAGGCUCUCACAGUUGAGUUAAGUCUCCAUUCAUGAGAGCCCAAGAGCUUAACAAGGAGAAGGUAGAAAAAGAACGGAUUCAAAGUCUCAGAGAAAAGCUCAGAAUGUGUCUUAAAUAAAGAGAGGAUCCUUCGUAAUCACCACAGGCAUGGUGUUUUAGGAAUUCAAGGCAUAAAAUCUGCCAUCCCCAAAGACCACUUUUACAGUGGUGAGACUGAAAUGAUGAAGAUGCAGAUGGAAAAACAAAAGAUCAGAGAUAAGAGACAGCAUCUUCUUAACAAAAGGAUCACUAACUAUAGAUCAGCCAAUAAUUCAACCGAGCGCCCAAGAAAAGUUCCGUUAAAACAAGAAAACACUUUCAAGUUAUUCAUACCUCUAGUACAGAAUACUGAGUAUAAAGGUAACGCAAGGAACAGACAUGACAAGACGUUUUGUAAAGACUCCCUUCACAGAAUACUAUAAGCUCCAUUGUGAUUUGAAAUAAAGACAUUACUCAAUUCAA